AUGACAUAUACGGUGGGGGACAGAAGAAUAAGCAUAGACAAGGAUGAGCUAGAUGCUUCAGAGAAGGAUUUAAUAUUGGCACAUCUGAAAUUAUUCAAAUAUUGUUUAAAUAAUGCAUCGUACAAAUUUUUGAUGAGUCUGAAAAAAAUUGUACAUUUAUACAGUGAUAUCAUUACGAUAUACAGCACAUUGUUAAGAAAAGUACCAAACUAUGACGAUAUUACGCUUAUGACUAAUAGGACUCGGUUGAAUUUGUUGAAAUUAGAAGAUGAUUUCAAUAGACUUCUUGGUGACAAAUUACAGGGCGACAGCACGAAGAAGGGAAACUGGGAAGACAAAAGCUACGAGUUAGAGGUCAAAAGGAUAUGUUUGCUCUGCGUUGAGUCGUUGAACGAAAUUUUUGAGUUGAUAAACAAGAAUUUGAACUGCAUCGAUGUGUUUUUCAACACCUUUGAUAAUUUGAAAAAACUUUUAAUACCGUUCUUGUCGAGCCAAACUAAGUCUAUCCAAAAACUGAUGGUCAAGGCAUUGUACCUAUUCAAGUUGACCACCAUAGUAGACGAAGUAAGCUCCAUAAAAGAACUCACUCCAACCAUCAUCAAACAAUUGCGUAAAAUCGAAAAAAUCACUGGCGGAAUUGAAAGGGAACUGAUUAUUCUUGACACUGCAUUUGUAACGUUCGAUCCUUCGUUACAACAAUAUACUAGCAUCUUACUUGGUAAGGCCAUUUUAAAGAGGGACAUUGAUGACUCAGACUGUCAAAUCAUAAAGCGCAGAGAAGUCUGUUUCCAGGCCGCAGAACAUGUGGUCAGCAUUCCUUUGACCGAAGAUCAAUCCUCGAAUCUCACCAUGAAGCAUUUGGUUAAAUAUAUAGUCUACGUCUGUAUUUUGUUGGCCGUGGUACUGAGUUUGAUGCUUUACAGGAUAGCCAAGGUCAUAAUCGGAUGA